AUGGCGCCCAAGGCGGCGCCGAAGGCCCAACAGCGGAGUACACCUCCCCCGGAAGGACCUGGAGCAGAGGCUGAGCAGGAACUUGGCGAUGACUACGACAUGCCGGUCAUCGUCAAGGUGCGGCCAGACGAUCAGCUGCCGCUGGAGCCGGAGGAGCUCGAGAAGGAGGUGCCUCCACGUGUGCUCUACCCGCUGAAUCCACAGUCAGCGCACAACACCACGCAGUACUCCUUCAAGGAGAAGUGCUUCAAAGUGGAUGAGCAGGUGGACCAGGUCGUGAUGCACUUUGCCAGAGAUGGCCUAAUUUUGCUGAAGGACAGCCCGGAAGCGCAAGAUCAGAUGGAGGUGCUAGAGAAGAAGGAGGCGGAGCAGAAUGAAAAAGAGGAGGCCGAAGCCAUCGACGAGGACUUCGACCCGCCAGAGAACGACAAGGAAGUGCCAGUGAAAAACCCAUUGCGCAACCAAUUCAACUUCUCCGAACGCGCGGCCCAAUCGAAGAAUGCCCUGCUUCGGGAACGAAGCUGGACGACUGAGCCGCCACCGACCACAAGGAAUGAUGGCACAGUCACGCAGUGGGAGAUCUUUGAUCAGUACAUGGCGGAUAUCGAAGCCGCCAAGGAGAAGGAAAAGGAAGACAAGAAAGGUGGAAAGUCUGUUUACGAUGACGUCUCAGAGAAAAAGAAGAAGUCUGACACGGACCCAACCUACUCGGAGAACAUGAAGCUGUCGAUCAAGAUCAUGGAACGUAUGGUGAACCAAAAUGCCGAGAACGAGGUCUACCAUGACUUCAAGUAUUGGGAAGACCGCAGCGACGAAUUCCGUGACGGUGAAGGCACGCUGCUACCGCUCUGGCGCUUCUCCUCGGAGAAGGCCAAGAAGAAGCAGGUGACCUGCAUUAAGUGGAACCCACACUACAGCGACUUGUGCGCGGUUGGUUUCGGCUCGUAUGACUUCAUGCGACAAGGGACUGGUGUGAUAUGCUGCUAUUCCUUGAAGAACACACGAUUCCCCGAGUAUGUCUUCAACACAGAUGCAGGUGUUUGCUCUUUGGACUGGCAUCCAGCUCACCCGGCGGUCCUUGCCGUGGGACUGUACGAUGGCACAGUCCUAGUUUACGACGUCCGUGCCCGCACAAAGAAGCCCAUAUACCAGAGUACUGUGCGCACCAACAAGCACACAGAUCCGGUUUGGGAGGUGCGAUGGAACAACGACGAGUCCACCGGCGCGCUCAACUUCUAUUCGAUCUCUUCGGAUGGUCGGGUGUCCAACUGGUUCUUGUUGAAGAACAAGCUGGAGAGUGAGGAGGUCAUGGAGCUGAAGCUGAUGGGUAGCCCCGGUGUCGGUGAGGAGGACGAGACAUCGCUGGCUGGCUUGGCUGGUGGACUUUGCUUUGAUUUCCACACGCAUAGCGAUCACAGCCACCUCUUCCUCGUGGGCACAGAGGAAGGACGCAUCCACAAGUGCUCGAAGGCCUUCAGUGGCCAGUACCUGGAGACCUAUGAGGGCCACACCAUGGCAGUGUAUAGCGUCCGCUGGAACCCGUUCCACGAGAAGAUUUUCAUUUCGGCUUCUGCUGACUGGACAGUGAAGCUGUGGAACCAUGAGAACCGAUUUGCGAUACUGUCCUUCGACCUUUCUCAGGCAAUUGGCGAUGUUGCCUGGGCGCCAUACUCGUCGACCACAUUUGCUGCCAUCACAUCCGAUGGCGCUGGCGGUUCUACCUCUGGCGUGGUGCAUAUAUACGACCUGUCAGUCAAUCGCAACGAGCACAUUUGUGCACAGAAGGUGGUGAAGCGGGCGAAGCUCACGCACGUGGCAUUUAGCAGCAGCGAGCCCAUCAUUAUCGUCGGUGACGAUCGUGGCGGAGUCAACACGCUGAAGUUGUCCCCGAACCUUCGCAUUGGAGUGGUCAGGACGGAGGACACCGAUCCCAACCUCACAGACAUGGACCUCCAGCUUCAAAAGAUGGAGCACUUGCAACUUGUGCAGCACAGGAUUGUGCAUUUCCGGGCUGCCAAUAUUCAGGCCUUACUCCUGUCUGCUUGGGUCGUGUUGCUCUGA